GCAGCUGCGCCUCGACGCAUCCAGCAGCAGAGAUGAAGAGCGCCUUGCGGUCGCAGUAGGGACUUCAGACCUCAGCUGCGCUUUCACGCACAGACCGCCGCGGUCUGAGACGCGAACAAGGAGAGAAAAUUUAAACCAGUCCGUCCUCCUGGUCGACCUUUCCAGUCUCAGGAGGGCUCAUGGAGAGCGGAGCCUCGCUUGUCCGAACCGGGGGCAGCUUGAUUGAAUGCCUUUUACCACACCAACGCCGUUAGAUGAUUUCCAUUUGGGAUUAAUUGGUUGAUCAAUGGCUCCCAAACAUGCGCUCCGUCGCAGAGGUGCCCGCGGUGAUACAAUGGCAGUGAAACAGACGGUAUGGGUACGGGAAACGGGGAUGGUGGCCGUCUGUACGCCGAGGAGGUCCAGGACUCCGAUUGGGAUCAUCAUCGGAGCGCUCCUGGUUCUGAUGAUGCAGAGCACUUUGGCCGCUGAAGCAGCUGAGGAAGGCCAUUAUGUGUCAGUGAAGCACAGCAAUAUACCUUUGGACCCCACUGUGCCCCCGAUCCUUACAGGAACUCCUACUAUUAGAGACAGAGCUAGGGUUGAAGAGGUCUCUCCUGGAGCAGGUCCUGAUGCUGAACUGAAACGUUGGCCUGAGGGUAAAGUGUUUGCAGAGGCGAAAACUGCAGUCUGGACAGAAACGCAAGGAGGAAUGGGUGUGGGAGCACAUGGGAAAGUUUUUGCCGAGGCUGGGAUUAUGACGGAAACUCGAGCUUGGGCUGAAGCGGGAUGGAGGCCAGUUGUCGCAGAGGAGGAUGAGCUGCCAAGCGUGCCUGGAGAUCCAGCUCCCAUGCUCGUGCAGAAGAAGCUGAGGAUGGGUGAAGAGGUCCAAAGAGAGCAGGCAGCCCUUUCAUCAGUUCUCACUAUGCUGACAGAGUCGGCAGAGCUGCAGACACCAGCAGUCAGAAAACCUUUAGGGCUGCUGUCUAAAGCGGCUUGGUCUAAAAGCUCUUCUUCAUCAUCCAAGGCCUUAUCUUCUUCCACAACAAAAGCAUCCUCUCUGCCAUCCUCUUCCUUCUCUCCAUCCAGUAAAAACCUGAGUGAGACUCCACCAUCGACCAAUAUAUCUGUGGUUCUUGGAAACAACAGCUCUUCAACCAACUACAGUUUGGAAGACUUAAUGAGCAGUCUACCGGCCUGGGAUCUGCCCACUGUACCUGAAUCACUCCUGUCCACAGUGGGCGACCACGAUAUUACACUUCCUGCCAAUGUCACAAGCCCUUUCUCCACCCACCAAUGGAAUACCACUAUGCCUGUGCGUCCUAGGACCCCUGUACAGAGCACAACUACAGCAGCCUCCACAAUAAAAACAUCCUCGUCAACAACCACCACUUCAGUUGUGCCGUUUUCUACCACAAGUAGAACGGAAGCACCACCAGAAACCACCACAGCUGCACACAAUACCAGCAAGGACAAUGUGACAGAAGACAGCCCUCAGCAGACAACGGUCAUCACAGCAGCACCCUCAACGACCAUCCUUACUUUUAGCAGCACAGAGAUGGCAACACAGGAGGUGCCAAUCAUUGGGGGCGCUAUAGCUUCACCAGCAAACACCACAGCUGCUGCAACCACAGAGGAAACAAUGAGCCUCCAUGUCACACCGACUGAAACUCUGCCAACAACAACCUCUACGACCACGCUGCCCACCACUACUACCACCACAACCACUGUUUCCCCAACUACCACAACCACCACUACUCUAGCUCCCUCUACAACCACCACUGCAUCAACGACCACCGUUGCUCCCACCACCACCACGACCACUACAACAACUAUCGCUACCACCACAACAAAGGCACCCACGACUACUGAGUUCCUCCCAGUUCCAACCACACCACUUUUGACAACAACCACACAAAGUCCCUCCUCCACCAGUGCAGAGGAAAUGCCUAUACCAUGCAACGUGACGGAGAAGUUCUGGGUCAAAACAGUGUUGUCUAUGGAGCUGCGCAGGAACCGCCUGGACCUGAUCCUAAAACAGAACCUUUCAAAAGGACUGAGCCAUGCACUGCAGAGAGCCCUGAAUGAUUCCAAAGCCUCUGCACAGGUAGAGCGAGAAGACUGCAGCCCCCACAACCUGACUCUUGGUUACUACGUGACCAGCGGGAAAACUGUCUAUGUUUCCUCCAUGGUCGUCGAAGCGCUGAAUGUUUACGGCUUUGACAAGCUGCUGUCUGACAUCAGGCAGCACACCCCACUGGUCAAGGGUGUUCUGGUUCCAGUGGUGACCUGGAUCAGCGCUCCACACAUUCACCUCCAGCUGAAAACAGUUUUGAGGUUUGUUGGGCCUACAGACAACAUCUACUCGUGCAGCUUUGUCCAGAUGUUGGAGCAGCGGCUAGAGAACGCCUUUGAAGAGGCUCAGGAUAAAGUGCUGGAGACCUACAACAGACUCACAGUGGAGAUCCAAAGUGUGUCUCAGGAGUCUGGCUCACCCUCUGUUACACUGGUGUAUGUGGUGAAAAACCAGGAUUCAGUUCUUAAUGGGACAAUAUCCAGUGGUCUUCUCAACCAGCUGACUGCAGAGCUGGUGGGAUACUUCCUGUUUUACCCACCGCUGGUGAUCGCCGAGCCUCUUGAGUACCAUAAUCUCAACACGUCCACAGCGACCAGGAACUACUGGGUGAUCACAGUGAUCCAGGAUGUGGACAGCUCCUCCCUGGAGGCCAACUACCAGAGCUUUGCCAGUCUCAUGGAGCAGCGACUGGCUGAGCUUUUCCUGGUGGCUGGCAGGCAGGGCUCUCGGUCCAUGAGGUCCCGGCGGGCCACUACUGUGGGCGGCUACACCGUGCAGAUGGUGAACAUGCGACGGCUUCCAGGUCUGAAGAACCCGGCAGAGAUGACCUAUUACGCCCAACUGAAUGGAUCACCCAUCACAGGAACCGCAGCUGCUAAGACCCUCAGCAGUCUGGACUCCCAGACCAUGGCUCUGACGCUGGGAUACUUUGUGCAAGUGCAAGCUGAACCUGUGGUGAAGACACCACCCAGCAACUUGUGGAUCAUGGCUGUUCUCACACCUCUCUUCUUAUUGAUGGUGGUGAUUGGAAUGGUGGCCUUCAUCCUGUGUAGAAGGAACAGGGUUAUUUUUAAAUCUGGUGCAUUCAGGACCUUCAAAACCCGGUCCAAGACGUCAUAUCGAAGGGAGGGCAGUUACCACCACCAGCCUGUACAGGGCUUUGACUACGCCAAGAAGCACCUAGGUCGAACUGGUGACGAAGCUGUCUCUGUUACUAAGGAGACGCUGGUGCUGGGCCUGCCUGUUCGAGAUGCUCCACUAUCAAUGUCAUUGGAUAAGAAGGUUCACCAGGAUGGGACUGCAAAUAAAAGACCUCCAUCAGCUGAUAUACACAAAGGAGGGCGGUUGCCAAGUGAGGAGGAUGGCUCAGUAUCGAGUAACAGCUCAGGGAAGCUGAACACCAGCAAGAGCUCCUCGGCCCGAAGGACCGCGACGGGCAACAGCAGCAAGAACGGCAAGGAGGAGCUGCACAAGAGGAGCAACAAUGACCCGUAUGAGGACCAUUCAGGCUCUCUUCGUCUCAUCACCAUUAAACCCAUGACGGCCCAGCCCACCUACUCUUAUCCCUCCACCUCCUCACACAGCCAGGACUCCGUGGUUGUCAAUGGGGAGGCAAACCACAUUGGGCUGAAGCAGAAGUCAGACAUUGAGCACUACAGAAACAAACUGCGUCAGAAGGCUCGAAGGAAGGGGUACGGAGAGUUCUCGCUCUCUGAGAGUCUCAACCAUGGUUACAGUCACCGUGACAGCAGGCACAACCGGCAUGACGGUGGUGUCAAACAGCCCAUGACCGCUGAGGAGAAGAGGGCCUCUUUUGCAGGAUGUCAUAAGAGGUACUCCCACUCACGAGAACCCACCUACUGGAGCCGUCAGUCUCUGAGCAACCCCAGCCCAGUGGAGACAGAGAUGGACCUGCUUGUUCUGAGGGAGAGAUCCAGAAGGGGGAUCCGGAAUAAUGGCUAUGAUGGUGAACCGGAACCGUUUGAGGAGACCAACGUGGACCGUCUGAUGAGCUCUCUGGGUUACAGAGGAGGAUCCACUGGAACCGGGACCAGCAGUUUGGGGGUGAAAGCUCACCGUGGCUCCGACUCCUCCACACUCAGCUCACAGCCAUCCAUUGACGAGGUCCGCACGCAGAUGCACAUGUUGCUUGGCAACGCUUUCAGCCUGGCGCCUCCGGAUCAUGACCCUCCCUCCCCUCCAACUAACCACCACCAUCACCACCACCAUGCCCACAGCGUCUACAACCCCUCCCAUACCAGCCACUACAAUGAUGGUGUGACCAGCGCCCCGGGGACUAUGAACCACCCCUGUGGAGGAAGGGGGAGGAGUGCAGGUUACGAGGACAUGCAUCAGUGUAGCCUGCCUAAACCAGGUUUCCGGUUCACUCAGCUUCCUGAUAUGGGCAUCGGUUCUCCCCCACCUCUAAUCCCCUCCAGACCAGGACCGCCACCUGGGACCUCAAUACGAUGCAACAACUCCACCCCUGAUGUGAGUCUGAAGCCCCGUGUGUCUGAAGCGUCAGAUCUGCAGGCCCAGCAGCACAAUGGCACCCCCUAUCUGCCGCUCGCCAGGACACCUUUCCCUGCUGUCACCGUGGAUCAGUCCAUCAGCACCUACUCAGGAAACCCAAUCACAGCAGUCUAUGCUAUAUCAGCCAACCGCCCGGGUUACUCUGACUAUUUUGUCAUGUCUCCACCAUCAUCAUACCGGAGCCCCUCCUGGAUGUCCUACCCACCCGAACCUGAAGAUCUACCACGGCAGUGGAACGACACACCUAACUCACGUCACCUCGAGACCAUCUGCUGAAGAUAGCCGCUUGUGACACUGAGCAGAACACUCGGUAAACUGGCAUUUCUGUGGCCACAUAGACAACCUCUUCCCCUUUGAAGGGACUCUGCAGCUUCAUCAACUCUCAUCCUCCCUGACCUCCACCUUAUCAAAGUACCUGUGAGCACGGUUAGAUGCUCCACAGUUCCUCUGCCCCAGGAAAUCUUUCGCUUUCUCCACUUUAAUCUCUACCAAUGAGAUCAUCAGCCAUAUUCUUCUCUUUCUGUAUUCUGAGCUACCCCUGGCCUCUGUAGUAUGUUCAGGCCCCUCUAACUCUCCUGCAGUGACUACAACUGUACAGCCAAAGGCCCCUCACACUGGUUGGUGAAGCUGAGCAGAGCUUCCUGCAGUGUGAAAGAACAUCGUGAGUACAGCACAGCGUGGCAAACUCCAGGAAACAUUUGCCAUCUUCCCAGCACAUGGUGGCACACAAUUAUCAGUAUGUUACUGCCCCAGCAAUGGCCAAUACUACUCCUCGGCACUGGACCAAGCCGGUCUGGACUGGACUGGAACUGUCGAACUGACGCAAAACUGUGCUUUUUUGAUUAAUCCAAAUUCCUCUGUAAAUCUUAUACAGCUGGUAAAUAUGUGUAUUUUAAACUUGAGUUAGGAAGGAAAUCAAGGAAAAAAGAACAGCAAAAACAACAAAAAAAUCUCUUGUCUCAAGGUGUCUUUAGUUUUUGAAUAUUUGUGUGCUUUUGUCUUAUAUGUUUGUGCAUUGGUUCUUAUCAAUGGACUACUAUUCAAAACAAGACCGUGGGUGUUGUUCAGUCACUCACAAUAUUUUAAGCAAAAAAUAUGUUCCAUUCUUUGAGGCAGAAAAAUCAGCGUCUUAGUCGUGCGUGGUUAUGAUGGCUUUUUCUAUAACAAAUUUAACAUUUUCCUUUAGUAAGUUCAGUAAUGAAAUGAAGAAGUAAUCACAAUGUUCUGUCGAUCAUCUGAUGAUGACAUUUUUGUCUGUUUAUUGUCACCUGGGUCAGACUGAAAUCAUGCAACCAUUCUAAGAUUUGUUUCCAUCGUUGAGCGCUGCGGAUAACAGGAAUGACGCUCUGUUUGGAUGAUUUUCAGUUGUACUUUAACCCAAGUCUACUCUGUUGUUUGAACACAUCAGUAUUGCGCUGUUUUACUUGAAAGCUGUCCACCGUAUUCUACUGUAAAAGAAACUCAGACAUUUUUAUUAUUUUUGUCUAUAUGAGGACAGGUUUAAUAUUUGGAUUGUGAUGUAGGACCAUCCAAAAGACUCGCUGGACUCUGAAUAGCCAGACACGAUAAGGAUAACAUCCAUUGUUGUAAAUAACAGAUGAUUUAAUGAAGAGAUUUAUGCAAGCAGUGUUGGAACGAAACCUCGCUGGAAACUACUCUGAUGCCAUUUUCCUUCUUAGUUUCUUGGUGUUUAUGUUGAAGAAUGGUCAGACUGUUUUUGUGACACUUUGACUGUAUGAAGGUUGCACACAUUUCAGCAUCAUUUGUACUACGAAGCAGUUUUGCUGACAACCAGGGUUUCUGUUAGAGAUCUGGGAGUCAGAAAUUUGAAUUAAUAUCACUCCUCAUGGAGAAUAAUUUACUUUUUAAUUAUUUAUUUGAACUGUUCUAUUUCCAGGGUAGAAAUAUUAUACAACAUAAAACUUCAAUGAUUUUUAAAAACAAGAAUAUGGUACAUAAGGGUACACAAGUAAAUUUAUUGUAGAUUUUCUCUAAUGAACAAAGGCUAAUAAUUACUACAUACACUCACCUAAAUUCUUCAAAAGGUAGUGCUGAAGGUUCUAGAACAUCUAGAGCAAGGCCUAUCAGCAUCUGGUUGAUGAUGAUCAUCAUCAGUAGGUAGUUUCUCUUGGAUUUGACAAAACUCAUUGGACUGACCAUUACUCAGAAAAAUUUGAACAUCCCAGGAAGGGGAUUUGUAGACUUACAUGAGUUAGCGCCAUCAAACAGCUCUGUGUAUGUAGCACCACUGAACAAAGGUCAGGAAGAAGACCCAAGCUGUCGUUUUUAUCUAGUUAGUACAGGAACGUCUCAGGAACCAACAAGACUCAAAUUUACCUUUAACUGGAAACUGAUUGAACAACUUGGCUCAAAAAGUCAAAGUGAAGCUUUUAAAACAAACACUGCAUCAACUGUCAAGCAUGGUAGUGGUAUCAUAAUCCUGUUUGGGUGUUUUACUGCCAGUUAUACAGGCAGCGUGCCAUGAACUGGAAAUCUCAGCAACACCAACGUCACUGUCCACAUUAGCCUGUUUUACAUCACUAAAGACUGAGACUAAGAAAAAAAGUUUUUGUUAAAAAUCAACACCGAUAAGCAUGACUGAAAUAUGCAGCUGCCUACAUGGACGUGUGUAAUGCCUCCUGUCAGAGGAGACAAGGAUUAAGCUAUUUGGCCACAAUGUCAAGAAGCAUGUUUGGAGGAGUAAAAUUAUUGCUUUCACACCUAAGAAUGCAUGGUGGUGGUAGCAUCAUGCUGUUUCCUUGCUAGUGGAAAAUUCUUUAACUUAGCUUUUAAAUCAACAGCUAGAUCGACGCUACUUGGAUGCAGUUGGGUGUUGCUAAUCAGUGAUCCUAAACACAUAGAAAAUGGUUGCCUGGAAACAAAACAAUUCAAAUAAAUUUUACAAUGUCGGUCAAGAAAAGUGUUCAAAUAUCUAGACACAAUUUUAUCAGAAGCUUGUUGAUGGCUUUAGAAGUAUGUGGAUAAAGUGCAACUUGCUAAGGGACUUUAAGCAGAUAUUAUAUUGGGUGUUCCUAAAUAUUUAAGCCUGUAAAUGUGGUCUAAUUGUGUUAAACCCACAUAAGAAGGAAACUUUGUUUGUGGUACAAAAAACCCCAAAAUUGAACCUUGAGUUUUGUCGAUAAGCCACUAAUCCUGCUUUGUAGUACUGACGUCUUAAAACAAAACUAACACAAUUUCAAACUGACAGGAAAGUUAAGAGAUGUAAAGAUAUAACUACUGUAUUCCUGGCACAUUAUUAACAGUAAUAGCCAUAAAUAGUGGGAUUAAUGCAAUAUUUUAUUAUCAAGAAUAUCUAAAAUGUAUCAUUUUCCAUUGAAGAACUGAAAUUCUGUGAACACUCUGUAGUUCCGGCUAGUCAUCAUUUAGAUGUUAGUAACGGAGGUUAUAGCCAUAUAUUAACAUCACUUAGUGAUCAUAAAAACAGUAUUAUGUCAAAAUAAAUGAUACCAAAUAGCUGAAACACUGAGACACAGAAUUUGAAAUUAGUGUAGAUAUAAAUUUAAUACAAAUGGUUAGAGUACAUUUACUGAAGAGACAAUUCAGAGCAAAACUAAUGCAAUAGGUAAUAAACUGAGCUCCUCUGACUGGAAACUGUAAAGCAAGCUAGAAAAUGUACAACAAUGAGACUCAACUAACCUGUAGGUGUCUACAUAUUCAGAAAGAAACAUAACAAGACCUAAAGGUGUUUUCUUUUUGAAAAUGUUAUGGUUGUAUUAUAUAGCUGGAGAAAGCACUUUGUCUAUGUGAAUUUACACACCUAAUGUUAAAACUGAAACAAGGGAGUCUCAAUAAAAACAGAUUUACUCUAAAGGAUCAGCUCAACAAUAACCUUUAUUGAAUGUUGAAUUUAUAAUUUUGUUAGCUUUUAAGCCUGCACUGAAACCACUGAAAUAGGGGAAACAUAUAAAGAAAAAAAGAAUUAGGUCAUUUUGAAGUUGUUUUUAAUGUGGACUGCACUACUUUCUGGCCGUGGAUAUUUCUUUUUUUUUUAAACAAAUAUUUUUAAAAUUUUUAAAUAGACAUACAGUAUUUGCAAAGGUGCUGAAUAAAGCAUUAGUGUGCUUUUUUCCCCAUUGUUCCACUUAGGGUGUGAUAAAUACAGAGUGAAAGCAGGAAUAAGAUGGCAGAGCUUUAGUAGGAUGAUCACACACAUUACUGCUCCCAUGUCAUUCCAGGACAUUUAGAACUGCCACUGUAUUUUUAAAACCAUCCUCACUGUACAGACUCGUGUAGUUAAAGACAAAAGAGAGAGAAAAAAACUUCCCUUCAUGUUUCUGAUUUAAAGAACCUGUGUUAAAGCGAUAGAUGGUUGGUGUUUCUUUUUAUCUUGGUUUUGAUUUUAGCAGCAGUUUGAAAGAAACUUGAAGCUCGGCUGGACGUUUAUGUGCAAUGUUUCCGCUGUACUUGGUUGACGGCGAGAUGCUUUCAUUGUCGACGGGCUUCGGGAUGGACUCGGUAUUAGUUUAAACCCUGUCAUGAUGCUGUGAUGUCAUGAUGGCGCCAAUGAUGUCACACUGUCGUCACUUUGGUGUUCAUGAGCUCACAGUGGCGAUAUGAAUGCUCUUGGAUGUAGUUAAGCUGAAAACUUUGGUGAAUUUAAACAAUAAAUACAAAUGACAAUUGAA